CCAAGAACAAUUAGAGCCAACUCGGCAGUAAGGUGGAACUAAGACCUGGCCUUGCGACAGAACGUCGCGGUCAACAUCAAGAAGCAUCAACCCCCUUCAACUACAAUUUGGCAAGAAAGUAUCAACAAAUUCAGCUACGAUCUGAUCCAAUCACCCGCAACUCCACGUACGUCAAAUUUGACUUUUAUCUCAACUGCAAGGCGCAUUCGUACCGCAUACAAUCAACAUCAUGGCGGACCGAUUCCCGUCUCUGGAUGACUUCGACUCCGGUGCCCAGACGGAUGUCAAGGAUGCUGGAUCUCCCUCUGCCGAUGACUUCCUUGCCCGCGAACGAGCUCUUCUUGGCGACGACGCAACUCAGUUCGCUACUAGCAACGAUUCCGCCGCAUUUGUAGAUCCUUCGUCCGACGACCUACUCGGUGGAGAGAGCGCAGGCGCUGGGACUUCUCAGUUCGAGAGCCAAUUCCCCGAUCUCACCAGUGGCAACGAGCAAGUUGCACCCGGGGGCGCCAUCACCGGUCCGUCUGUCAGCUAUAACUCGGGCUACGCAGCCUACGCCGAGGAGGAACAGGAGCCCGAGGUCAUCAAGGAAUGGCGCGAGAAGCGAGAUGCCGGCAACGCCAAGCGAGCCGAGAAAUUCGCGGCCCAGAAAGCCGAGACAAUCAAGGAGGCGCAACAGAACAUUGACGACUUCUACGAGAACUACAAUACCAAGAAGGAGAAGACGAUUGCACAGACCCGCAAGGAUGCCGAACAGUUCUUGGCUAGCAGAGAGGACACCGUCUCUGGUGGCACAAGUUGGGAGCGCAUCUCGAAGCUGGUUGACGUGAGUGGAAAGGGCCAAAAGGGGGGUGCUGGUGGUUCCGGCAAGGAGCGGUUCCGUGAGCUUCUGAUGAGCCUGCGAAAAGACGAGAAGGCCCCUGGUGCUGUGGGAUACUAAACACACGACUUUGGACAUGCACUUGUACCUGGACAUAGGUAGCUAGGAUGGAUCUGGUAUGAUCCGGUUUGGCAUUUGGCCUGGUCACAUUGGCCCUCCUGCUCGGGCGCAAACGUCCAUAUUGUACUUUAAAAGCCCCAUACUGGCAGGAAGACUGGCAUUGGGCAAUCAUGGCGUAAUGAAGACGGGUGGUUUG